AUGAUCUCCUUGCAGCCGCGGAAGUCUAUCAACCCCAAUCUCCUGCGUUUUCUCCUUGCCUGGAUCUGUUCACCCCUACUCUUUGCCCACACGGGCCAGGAGCCCCUGAACUCCUUUCGGGAGAGAAAGGGCUUCGCAUUGCGUGCCCCAGCAUCUAGCUGGGUGAAGCAGACUGAAGUUUUGACUGAAGAGGAAAGGUCCUUGGCAGUAAUGCUGGCGAGAACCAAGAAGAAGGGCUGGGCUAGAGCUAGCAAAGCGAUCCAAGAGUAUACCGGGUGCGCAGGUGUCGUGUUCAACGCGGCGAUGAAAGCUGCUCACGCUUGUGGCGAGUAUAGGGAGGGAGUGAGCAUCUAUGAUCGCAUGUGUAAGAUGCAGUCUGCCAGAUGUACGAUCUCUUACAGUAUGGCCAUGAAGUUGUAUGGCAGGUUGAAGUUGAUGAGGAAGGUACAGGAAGCCUUCGACGAAGCUGAAGCUGCUGGAGUCAUUAAUGAGAUCAGUAUUUCUGCGCGCAUUGAAGCAGCUGCAGCCGAAGGUGACUGGAACACCGCUGCAGGUAUGCUGGACUAUGCACAGCAAUGCAAUCUUUCCCUGGACAACACUCACUUCAACUCUGUCCUUGCUGCCUGCGCCAAUUCGAGGCAGAAUCGGUCGAUCAUAUACAAGGCGGCAAACCAGGUGGUGGAUUUCAUGACUGACUACAAUCUCCAGCCCGACAUAAUCACAUUCACCAACUUGGUGCGGGCACACCAUCCGUCCGAGGAUGUGGGAUCUAUUCGGAAUCUCUGGCAGCAGCUCUUGCAGGCAGAGGUCGUGAAAGGGUCAGGCUCGAAAGCAUCAAAAUUGUUAGAUAUCUCCGAUGAGGUCUUCACUGAAAACUUAUUGACCACAGCUGUUCAACUACCAAAGAAUCGUUUCUACAAGAGUGAGCUCAUGGUCGCUGAAGCUUUGGACACAACUUCCAGUGAACGUCUGAGGCUGGCGCAGGUCAUUGUUGCAGAGCUGCAGGCAAAGGCCGCGCCCAUGACCUUGCUUGGCAAACGAAUUGCUGGUGCCGUUCGCAAGGCACUUCGCCAAAGAGGCUAA